GCACAGUUUCACGAUUUGCUCCGUCAUAGGAGGAUCUGCUCCCUUCUGUGCACACAUUCGACGGAGGAAACGAAGUUACGGCAACGAAUGCGCAGGGCUCCAAGCACUUAGGUGGCAUAUCAUCAGGAGAAGAACUGACAACGCUGUAAUUCCCUCACGACAGUGGAGGCUUUUCAAGGGCUCAGCCGUAAUUCUGCACCGUCAUCAACCGUCCCAUCAACAAAGUGCACAGGAUGCCUCAAAGAUGGCACCUCGCUUCUCCGCAGAAUGACGAAUAAUAUCGUGGCAGCUCAGCAUGGUUAUCAAGAGGGCAUCGUUACCCAAUGUCCUUACACUGGCAUCCUUGAGACGCAGCUCGUGCAAAGACCUUGGAUUACCCCUGGAGGGUCAACAGGAACAGCCUAUCUUCGGAGAGGCUGAAGACAGCGAUAAGUCCUCUCACGCCUCUGGCGGCCUGGGAAGUCACCUCGACUUUUCCGUCAAACCGAGGAGGGGCCAGUGGGCGAGCAAGGCCGACUUCGUUUUCAGCUGCAUCAGCUACGCCGUAGGUCUGGGAAAUGUAUGGCGAUUCCCAUACCUCUGCUACGAGAACGGAGGAGGCGCCUUCCUCAUUCCAUACUUCACAUGUCUCCUCACCACGGCGGUACCCAUGUUCUACUUGGAAGUGGCCAUUGGCCAGUACCUCAGCCAGGGAGGCAUCGGUGUCUGGGCCGUAGCGCCGAUGUUCAAAGGCAUCGGCAUCGCAUCGCUCGUGCUAUUGGUGCUAAGCAGCGUCUACUACAUGGUGAUCGUGGCUUGGAUCCUGUUCUACCUGGUCUCAUCGUUCGCCACAGUGCUGCCCUGGAAGCACUGCGGCAACUACUGGAACACCGACAGAUGCUGGGAGCACAACGAUACCCACCCGACGCCACCGCACAACGGAACGGUCACGCCCAUCGUGGAGUUUUGGGAGAACCACGUGCUCGGAAUCACGUCCGGACUGCACGAGAUUGGGACCAUGCGUCUGGAAAUAGCCCUCUACUUGUUCCUCGCUUGGGUCACGGUGUACCUUGUCAUCUGGCGGGGUAUUCACCAAAGCGGAAAGAUCGUCUGGGUGUCGGCGUUGUUUCCCUACAUUUGCCUGCUCAUCCUACUCGUGAGAGGCGUAACGUUGAGCGGGGCGACCGACGGCCUCACGUUUUACAUCAAGCCAGACUGGAGUCAACUGCUGAAACCAAAAGUAUGGAUUGCUGCCGGCACACAGGUUUUCUACAGCUACGGAGUAGGUUUCGGCUCUCUGAUGACUCUUGGGAGUUACAAUGGUUUUCAUCAGAAUUUCUUCAGAGAUUCAGCGAUUGUUUGCAUCGUCAACCCCAUGACGAGCCUUCUAUCCGGAACAGUUAUAUUCUCCGUCCUUGGCCACAUGGCUUUUCUGGCCGGCAAAACAGUAGGAGACGUCGUGAAAUCUGGACCGGGCCUGGCCUUCCUGGUGUAUCCCGAAGUCGUCGCUCGAAUGCCGGCCUCGACGAUCUGGUCGAUACUCUUCUUCGUCAUGCUGUUCUUUCUCGGAAUUAAUAGCCAGUUUUGUCCAGCGGAAGCGAUUGUGGCCGGUCUGAUAGACCAAUGGCCGCGGCUGGUCACGAAACGGAGGGUCAUAACUUUCUGCUUGGUUGUGCUCGAGUUCCUCCUUGGCCUUCCGAUGACAACACAGGGUGGAAUGUACAUUUUCCAGUUAAUGGACUACUACGCCGUGAGUGGCAUCACGCUGCUGUUCAUAGUGUUCUUUCAAGCAGUAGCGCUCGCCUGGGUCUACGGAACAAGAAAUUUAUCCGAUAACAUCAAGGAGAUGAUUGGCCGCCGACCAAUCCUGCUGCUCCGUUUGGGCUGGAAGGCGUUCAUACCGGCCAUGUGUUUGGCUAUAUUCAUGUUCUCUGUGAUCAGGUACCAACCGCUGGUGUACGCUAAGACAUACGCGUACCCGCUGUGGGCGGAGGUGCUGGGCUGGUUCAUAUCCCUCGCGUCCGUCAUCAUGAUUCCUGCGUACAUGGUCUACUUCCUCGUAAGCACACCCGGCUCCCUACAACAGAGGAUACGAGCGGGCUUGUCUCCGCAGCUGGUGGACAUUUACCCGUCGGAGAAAGAGACGUACUCCUUCAGCAACGCAGCCGUCCACACGUGAUAUACCUCGCUGCAUUAACCAAUCAAUAUCAUCGACAUUGUUAUGCACGGCUCGGCGGCUCACCACCUUCAGUGUUUCGAUCCAUGCAAAAUCACUUUUAACUGUACGUCAAGCAUGUUUCCGUAUGUGACAUGUAUUGUGCAUGUAAGUGUGCGCUUGUAUCGGACCUCAGCGUGUACGAACGCGUAGGCCACCGAUACGUAAUUCAGUUCUUAACGCAAACCAAAAUGCAAUGCUUUCGCACCCGUGGAUGUUCUCACGCUUUUCGGUGCGAACACUGCGGUCCUUGUUUCUUUUGUUAGUUUGCAGUAUGGAGAUAUAAUGUCAAGAGAGUAUAGCGUGGUUCAACUAUAGAUAACCAAGAAUAUUCUGUAUCGUGUGCUUCCAUAAUAUCAGUCCCGUUUUCGCCCUGUUUGCCUCAGUAUAAUUUAAAAAUAUACCUCUUUUCUUACAUUGUCCUACAGUAGGAGGAGGUCAUCAUUGGCAUCAGAUUAAGCGAUUGUUUUUGUUCGUGUACAAUGAAUUCUUAGUGGCAUGCAAAAACAGAUUAGCCGAAUUGAUACAUGUAUACUUUUUAUGAGUCUCAAGGUGCUUAUACCUUGACGUAGAAUAGUCCUGGUGCUCAGGUUAAAUUAUUGAUAGCACUUCUUUUUCCGCUUGUACAGAUCCAUUGUAUGCCUUUCGCAUUGUACAUUCCGAUCGCCAUGAUGAUGUGAUGUUUCGUCUGCAAAAGACGAAACGUGAACUGUUAAUAUUGGCACUCAACUAAAUGUGGCUAGAUGCAGCUUGUCUGUUUAAACUACGUAACGUACGUAAGUCUAACGAGCGCGCGUUUUCUCGCAUUUCUUACCACGAUAGCAUUCACCGACAAUGUAGCUGGCAACGCUGUGCAGUGGCUUCGCCAUCCCCGACUCCUGCAAUUAAUGUGCACCAUGUACAACAUACUAGUGGGGCAAGUAUGCAAGCAUACUAGUAAAAGAAAAGGCAGAAGAAAUAUUCGUCAAAGGGGCUCUGGCAUAACACCCUUAAGCUAGGGACAACCAUAUGAACAAACAAACGCACAAUGAAGCCAGAUGAAACAUUGCAGAAAUGUAAUGUCAUGUCGGAAAGAAAAAAAAGGACAUGAAAAUGGCCGGAAAGACAACUUGCCGUAAGUUAUCACCCUCUACGCCUCUAGUGUGUCUCUCUUUUUCAGAUUAUUAUUUCUACAAUUUGAAUAAACACAACAAUUACCUUUCACUGUUAUUACUCUUGCUUCAUUCUCUAUUUGUUCAUAUAGUUGUCACCAACAAAGAUGAAGACCCGUCGAUUCCCUUAUUCUUCUACCUCAUUACUUGUUUUCACAUCGAAGAUGUAUGAUUUUGCACACAUUCUGAUACUGCACUACCUUUAUUUUUUUUUGUUCUUGGCAUGCGUUGUAUAGAUGGUCCCCGCUAUUCCUGAAACCUUGGGGCCUCCUUCUGUAUGUACAAGUUGUCAUAUGCAUUCAUGUACUCGUUGUUAUUAAUAAAAUUGAUUGAUUGAUUGA